CUGAGAGGAGACCGCACAUUAUUUAAAGUCAACUUCCCGGUAUAUUUUUACACAUUUAUCCCGCUUUAAACAUUCAAAUGUUGGUUUGGAUCUGUUCAUGUAAAGUCUGUGGGUUAAACCCGGGUUAUCUGUGUGUUUAAACCCGAGUUAAAAGAGUCCAGUGAGAGAGAUGAGGAGACCGAAGUACUUCACCCCGGCGGAGGUGGCCGAACACAACACCGCGGCCGACCUGUGGGUCUCGUUCCUGGGCAAAGUGUGCGACCUGACCCCGCUCAUGGAGCAACACAAAGGCGAUGCUCUGCUGCUGCCCAUCAUAGAGUGCGCAGGAAAGGACAUCAGCAGCUGGUUCGACCCCGCAACUAAAGACGUGCUGCGGUAUGUGGACCCAGUGACCAGCUGUGUGAGGUACUACACCCCCAGGGGCCGGUUCUUGCAUGUGGCCCCUGGGGGUCCCAGGUCUGACUGGGCCCCUGACCUGGACAGACCCUGGUGGAGGGACCAGAGCUACCAGGUGGGACAGCUGUCCUCCAAGACCCGCUGGGUUAGGGUCAUCAACACACUCACAGCCCAGGAGCAGAGGCUGCAGGUGUGUUCUGAGGAGACCCUGGCUGAGGUGCGCCAGCGUUACCUAGGCUACAACAGCCACGCCCACAGCUACACCUGGAAGCACGGGGGGGAGGAGCUGGACAUGAGCCGCACGCUCAGCGAGAACGGCGUCGCCGACGACGACCACCAGCUGGAGGAGCUGAGACUGGACCGGGACGCCUUCACCCCCGCCCUGCUGCUGCACUACAACGAUGACCUCACCGACGGCUGAUGAUGUCACACUACCACGAUGACCUCACCGACGGCUGAUGAUGUCACAGUCAAACACAAACUGCCCUUCAUUAAAGACCAGAGAAACAGUUA